AUUUUCAAUUUUAAUACUACCUUACUCAUAGUCAACAUCACUAUUUCAGAAUUCCACACUUAUAAACAUUAUUGAUGAUAAAAACUCUUUGAUAAGAAAUUGAUACAAAAACCCUCCUCAGUGCCUGCAAUUUCAGUGGUUACUUGUACUGCUAAAAUCAAUUGCUUUGAACUGAAAAUGCCAAUGGGCAAGAAGUUGUUGGGAAAGCUUAAGAGAAAUAAGGUGGAGGAGCCACAGGUGGAGCCGGAGGAGGAUUUGGGAGAUGCUAUGAGUACGCAAGAAAAAGAUGACGUGAAAGUUGGGAAGAAAAGAGCCCCGAAGAAUAACAUGGGUGGAAAGAAACGACUGAGAUCCAAGCUGGGAAAUGUUGGGAAACACCAGAAAAGGGUACGCUCCAAGGAAAACACUCCGGAAAGAAAGCUGGAAAAAUUGGAGAAACUCGAACUUCAACUGACCUUAAAACGAAGUCGAGAGGAGCAGAAACGAGCCAAAAAAGAUAAGAAACUGGAGAGAAAAGCACUGAAGAUUCAAAAAAAGUUGGAAGCUUUGAGAAGCAUCAAGGAAAAACCACAUCAAGGCUCUGAAGCACAAGGGCCAAAAGUCCCCAGAGCCAGAAAGAUCCGGGUACCAGCCCCAAGACCACCCCGUCUUCCAUAUUUGGCUCUAGUCGCCAAUCUUCAUAAGGCUCCGAAAGCAUUGCGUGAUAUGAGAGCUGCUGCUUCACGCCGUUAGUGUGGGCUUUGGAUCAUUUGGAAGAAAAAAAAAUUGUUAAGUGGAAAAUUAAUAAGAAGAAUAUGAAUCUGGAUGUCAAAUUUAAUUUGUGGACGUUUUGAAUUUUUCACUUUGAAGUUUUUAUUUGUUAAUAAAAAAUGUUUGAUUCAAAAUUUACAAAUUUCAAAU